CUGGACCUCCCUAAUUAGAAAUAAUCUAGGCAGCAGCUAGGGCUAUAAUUUGCCAAUGACUUUCGCGCACCAUGUCUUCAUCCUCUAGCAACAAGAACCAAACUCAGGCCAAGUACGCCAACAGCAACCUCAAUGCAGUGUUUGCAAAGCCCUCGGCGCCUGCUGCAGCCCAGUCGUCAACGAGCGGCACUAUCAACAGAAAUGGCAUGCUUGUGCUCUCAAAGCGCACAACCCGCGCAGUCUCUGGCGCAAAGGUCGUUGUCCCUAAGCCUGUUAACCUGCCAUCGCUGAAAAAGGAACAUGCUGGGAAUGACCCAACGACACAGCUGGUACCCGCUGGCGUGAGCGCCGGCUGGGCAAAGCCCGAGGAGCAGGCACCGCCCCCGCAGCCCCAGGAGGUCAGGUCAGCGCUUACAGCUGGUAGCAAUUGGGCAUCGCAGCCGCGUUUGGGCUCUGGAGCUUGGGCGUCUACUGGCACAUCUUCGCCUGCCCACGGACGGGGACCGUCCUUCCCGGUAGACCGCCACCUGAAUCCCGAUGAGUACCCCAGCCUUGCAGCAACGGCGCGCAGCAGCUCGCAGCCGCAGAAACAACGGCCAGUUCCUUAUGAACAGCCACAGGACCCGAGGGGCUGGGCCGACGAUGAACGUGCACCAGCAGGAGGCUUUCGACAUGUCGACUGGGACGAUGAUCGGCGGGACUGGGAACGUGGAGGUCGAGAUGUGCGCUUUGAUCCUUACGGGCCACAGCGGCCUGGUCACUUUGAUGACUAUGACGAGCACCCGCGUGGAGGUCGUCCGUACGACGCGUAUGGUGCCCCUCGGGGCAUGUACGAUUAUCCCCCUCCUCCUCCUCGCCGCCCUGGCUAUGAACGCGAUACCUACGAGCGGUAUGAGCGGCCGGCGGAGCGGUACGAGCGGCCUGCAGAGCGGUAUGAGCGGCCCGCGGAGCGGUAUGAGCGGCCUGUGUAUGCCAGCAGGUUCACCGACUACGACGACAGCCUCAUUCCCCCUCCGCCCCCUCCACGGCCACCAACGCGGGACGUGCCGCCUCCACCGCCCCCACCCCCUGUGGUCGCGGAGGAGGAGGAAGAGGAGGACCCUGAGCGCGCUGCUUUUGAAGCUGAGCUGCGCAACCUUCAGGCGGAGAUUGGAAAGAAGAAGGCUGAGCAGCGGGAUGUCAGUUCUUCGCGCCCGGCUCAGCCUGCUGUGGAACCACCGCAGCCAUCGGAGGAGCCAAGCGGAAAUACGGAUGAUGCUAGCGUUAAACAAAGCGAAGCGGUUUCUGUUGCGGCGAAGGCACAAGCUCUUGCUGCAAAAUUGGCGCUUCGCGAGGCCGAGGAGGAGGAGCGCCGACGCAAGCAGGCCGCUGCUGAGAAGCUACGAGCUUUAGAAGAAAGCAUUGCUGCUCGGGACGCUGCUGCCGCUAAAAGCAAAGAGGCUGCCGCUCAGCCUUCAGCACAGGCACCGGGGCCCUCCCAGGCCGUCGCACAGGCGCCAGCACCUGCUGCGCCAGUGCAGGCGCCCAAGCAGGCGGAGGCUCCUGCAGCUGGGGAGGCUGCUGAGCCAACAAAGGCUGCAGGGGAGGGCGACACACGCCAAGCCACGAAGGCCAUCGACAUAGCAGAGCCGCCACGGCCCAACGCAUGGGGCGUCGCUCCCAAGCCGCCCGCCACGGCGAUGUUUGGCUCCUUCGACGAGAACUUGCUUGAGGAGCUGCACCGUACGCCGGCGCCGCAAGUCCAGCACCAACCUCCGCACAUGGGCCCGUCGGCGCAGCAGCAGCAGCAGCUGUUACAGCAGCAGCAGCAGUACGUGCAGCAUUACCAGAUGCCGCCGGCGCCUCCGGCGGUUUCGCAGCCUCCGCCGCCGCCACCGCAGCUGCACGCUUACGGACAGCAGCAGCUUCCGUUCGCACAGCCGCAGCAGCCGGCAGCCCAGCAGGCACCUCAGCGGCCUCCGGAGGACCAGAGGUCAAAGCCUUGGCGGCCAGUCGAAGGCACCACCCCGGUCCUACUCACCCACGCAAACGCACCAGGCGCGACUGGUCAGCAGGCUCCGAAGGACGCGCAGUCGGCGCCGGUCUACGACCCCAACAGCUACGAUCGCCGGGCCCUGCCGCCAAGCGGCCGGGGCCGUGGCCGGGGCGACGGGGGUCGCGGCCGGGGAAGGGGAGGCGCGAGCGGCUUCGAUAGCCCGGCGGAGGCCUUCGAUGUGGAACCAGUGUCCGAGGGUGGCCGAGGACGGGGCAGGGGCAGGGGUGGCGGCAGCGAGCGUGGCCGCGGCGGGCGCGGGGGUCGUGGAGGCCGUGGACGUGGCCGGGGUGAGGACUCGGGUGCUGAGGAGGAUGCCAGCGGAGCCGCACCAGCUGAGUCGGGCGAGGGCGAGCAGCUUGGCAGGCGCGGCCCUGGCCCCGAGCGCCCUUCCAGUGGGCGCGGACAGGGGCCGCGGCGUGACCCCCGUGGCAACCGGGGAGCUGGCGGCGCCGUCGGAGCCGCAGCGGCUGCCCCCGAGGCAGCCCCGCAGUCGCAGCAGGCGACUGCUCCGCAGCCGUCCGCCGCGGGCGCGACGGGCGAAGUCCGCGGCCCUGUCCAAGAUCGGAUUGCUACCGUGCCCAUGCGUAGCGGCCCCCAGCAGUCUGGUCCGUCGGCGGCUUCGCAGCCCCAGCAGGCAUACCAGCCUGUCCUCUCCGCGCAGAUGCAGCAGAGCCAGGCACAGCAGCAAGUUCCCUCUUCAGCCACCGCGGCUGCGAGCUUCGCCGCCGCUGCGGCCGCGGCCGCUGCUGCUGCUUCCUCAGCGGUGGACCCGAACAGCAGCAGCUCCCUAGCGUGGGGCAGCAAGAUUGCUACGGAUGUGGCGGCGCGGACGCUGGAGGACCCAGUGGUUGCGGAUACGUCCAUGGUGAACCUGCCUGCGUCCCUGGACCCCGCUCCUGCCAUUAAGGCUCCUGGCUCCCUGGUCGGCCUUGGACCCCAAACAUUCGACCGGUCAAUCGGUCCCAAGGCGCCGCAGCCACCGCAGCAACACCAGGGGGCGCAGGCCGUGGUCAUGGGCAAGGCUCCGGGCCAGGUGCAGCAGGCGCACCCGACCGUCACGGCUGUGCAGCACCCGCACCCGCAGUCCCCGCAUGUGCAGCACGUUCAGCACCAGCAGGAUGUCAUCAGCAAGAGCGUGGAGGUGCUGGACAGCGGCAUGCCGGCUCUGCCCGCGGACCUGAACCUGGACCUGCUGCAGCCCAAGCCUGCUGGCCUGUCCUCGGGCCUGGGCGGCUUGGCGGCGGCCUCUGGUGGCAUGCAGGCUCAGGAUGCACGCGGGCCGCUGGGCGGUGGCUAUGGCGGAUUUGGCGCUCCGUCAGGGGAGCACGGUGCGGGAGCCAGUGCCGGCGGCCAGGGUGGCGCACCUGGGGGCAUCUCCAUGUGGAGCCAGCCCAACACGCUGGGCGGCUUUGGGCCUGCCAGCAGCACCCUGCAGCCGCACCAGGCUGGACCUGCGGGCCUGACUGCGGCCAUGCAGGCGUUCUACUCGGCUCCCAACUCGGUGUUCCAGAACAGCGGCGGCAUGGGUACGAGCCCCGCUGCGAGCAAUGCUAACAAUGCCGGCACGGGCCAGCCCCAGCAUCAGCUCAUGCUCAACAUUGGGCAAGGGCCGUUUGGCCAGGGCCCCUUUGGCGCGCCGUUUGGUCCGCCUAGUGGCAUCCGCCCGUUCGGCAUGCCCCCUGGCAACCAGUUUGGCGGUCUGGGCGCUAACUUCCUGAUGCAGCAGCCUUUCGUCCCCACCAACAAGCAGCCCGACUGGUCCAUCGGCCUUGGAGGUCAGAACGCCAACCUUGCGCCACCGGCGCUGUCGCGCCCGGUUGACCUGGGGAUGCCCCCACAGUUCAUGGUGCAGCCCUCCAACUCCAACGCAGCUGGCCAGGCUGCACCGGGCGGGUCUGGAAACGCCAACAACGCAUCGGAUGGCGUAGCAGGAGGCGCAGGAAGCUUCGCCGGGUUGCCCAACACGCUGCUGGGACCCGGUUUGUCGUCACUUUCGCCAGGAGGCGGCUUCAACAGCGGGCCGAAGCAGCCUGGUGCGAUCGGGCACCCGGGCAUGAAGCCUGGCAUGCCGGGAGGCUACGGUCCGCCUCCCCAGCAGGCUAGCCAGCUGCAGCAGCCCAUGAUGCCAGGCAGCAAGGAGCAGCUGAAGGCCAGCCUACCGGACGACAUCUUUGACGUCAAGCCGCCGGGCCAGCUGCAGCAACAACCUCAGCAGCCCAUGAUGCCCCAGAUGCCUCAGCCACCCCAGCAAGUCCAGCACCACCCGCACCAGCAUCAGCAGGCGCCGGGACGCCUUCCGGGGGGCCCCAUGCCUCCGCCAGUGCCUGCGGCGUCCGGUCCGGCGCGCCUAGGCCAUGGCGCCACCGCGGGACUGCCAGUUCCGUCCAUGGGACCUGCCCCCACAAUAAACAUGGCCCAGGGAGCUAACGCCGGUGUGAUCGGCGGCCCCGUAAAGCCCAUCCAUGCCCAGGGGCCGCCACCCGCAGCUCCCGGACCCCAGCCGGCCGGCCCCGCGCCGGGACCGGGCCCUAUUGGGAGCGGCCGCGGCGGUCGUGGACGCGGUGAGGGUCGUGGCGGCGCGCGGGCCACAACGGUUGAGGGCGGGCGAGGGCGCGGCUUCGCGGGUCGCGGCGGCCGGGGCGGCGCUAGGCCUGAUGGAGAUGCGGCGGGUCAGUCUGCCUCCAUCUCACCGGUUCAGGUUGCUGGUCCUGGGCACGCAGCAGCAGGGCCGGUCGCCGCUCAGCCACCCCAGCCUCAGGCGGUCCACAUGGCUGGCAGCGGACCGCAGGGCGUGCCUGCGCCGGCGCAUCAGCACGCGGGGGCUCCGGGCGGCAGGGGUGAGGGC